CAUCCACGGACCACCACCCACACCACCCACACCCACAGUCAAAUGCUUUUCCUCGACAUGCUAGGCGACGGUCACCCAACCGAAAGCAACGCUCCGAGUCUUCAACCUUGUGAGCAUGAGCGUCCUUCGAGUACUAGUGACUCGCAACAGUUUUAUGUCCUCGGUGCAAAUCUAAAGCAUUCGCCACCGGAUUAUUUUCAACGAAUUGCGGCACUAAGGUUCGAAUCCUAUGAAACGCAGCCUCGAGUCAACGACUCGGAUGUGGUCUACACGUACUUGGAGCCCGUCGUGGCCAUCUGCAACAAAUAUCUACUCAAACAACCUUCUGCGCGCUUUACUUACGAAACUGAACUUAUCGAAGACCAACAACUCACGAGAGUGUAUCUGCAAGACACCGACCGUAAGCGGCUGCAUCUUAUGUUUUAUUGCGCUCCCAAAGGAAAAAUUUGCUGGGCAGGCUUCCAGUCUGAGCCACUAGACAAGUACUACAUUACAUGCAACAAGAUAACAGAGCUCCUGGAAAAGCAUCAUGAUGAAUUCUUCGAAGAACGCCCCCAGUUUAUUGCUGUGACCGAUAUGGACAGAAUUCUCAUACUUACCGGCAUCACCAUUUACGAUUAUUAUCGAAGGACCAGCCUCGACACUUAUGCACUUGCGCCAGGUCGUCAAUCUCUGCGGCAUGCGCUAUGUCUUCUGCUGUGCCAGGCGGAGGAGUGUGAUCUGAAUACAAACGCGUGGCCGAAGUUCCUCCAAGGUGCACUGAACGACUCGGACCCGGACCUAGAACUCCCAUCAAAGCAGCAAUAUAGAGCCUUUCGCGACUUCGAUCGCUUCACACUACAAAGAAGUAUCCCUUAUCUUAAUCACUUCCUCGGAUGGAAGAAUAAAGAGUCUGAGCGACUAGGAACACCUUUUGUGGUCCCGGGGACGGUGCUGGACGUCGAUGUCGAUGCUUUCAUACGAGACGAGAGUCUAUGGCGGUCUCUAUUUCCAAAUCCAGCGGUUCCUCCUAGCACCAAAGAGUUUGUUGGUCGGAAUCCGCGUCAACGUCUUCACGAUGUGGACCAAAUAUUGUCUCUAGCAGCUGAACAACAUAUCCAAUUCCAAGUGACGGAUGUGAUUCGACAUAAACCUGAUACCUACUCACAAGUCUUCUUUGGUAUCCUUAGCACAAACGGUUCUGUUUCCGCGCGAAUAUGUCUCAAGGUCUUUCUUGACGUCCUCUUUCCGAUCGACGCUGCAAUGCUUGCCGAGGACUUCAAGGAGGAGGCUAUGUUGCGUUUAAGCUCAUUGCAGUACCCAGAAAACAUAGUCAGACGAGAAGAGGCUGCAUACGCGCGGCUCACAGAACAUCAGGGAACAAUGAUUCCCCAUUGUUAUGGCUUCCAUCGGUUUACACUCCCAGGCAAAUUCACAGCAUACGGUGCCUUGCUUGAAAUUAUCCCUGGGCCAACACUGGCUCAGAUCGACACUUCUACUUGGAGUGAUUGUGCUGCUGCCAAACGUGGAUUUGCGCAACAUGCCAGAGAGUGCCUUCGAACGCUAUCGUACGCCGGUAUCGAUCAGGCAGACUUCCACUGCGGCCAGAUUAUUCUUCCCGACGGACCCGAUUAUCGACCGGGGCGCGACAGCGUGGUGUUCAUUGACUUUGGGUUUGCUUACCCGCGUCUCGGAGACGAGCAGCGACCUGGUAUUGCCUCAUCGAUGCUAACCAACUCGGAGAGUAGGCUCACUCUGCAGUAUGACAUUGUUGGCAAGCAUUGCGAAAUCAGCAGAGCAGUUUACCGACCGCUCUUCCGCCAAGAGACAUUCCAUUGGAAUGAAUGGUAA